AUGGCUCUGCUCAUCGCUUGGCUAUGCAUCGCUGUGAGCGUGGAAGAGGCGCUGGGGGGCCAGGGGGACGGGCCGGACCUCUACUCCGAAAACAUCACUCGGAUCCUCGACAAGCUGUUGGACGGCUACGACAACAGGCUCCGACCAGGAUUUGGAGGCGCCGUGACAGAAGUCAAAACGGACAUCUACGUGACCAGCUUUGGGCCGGUGUCCGACGUGGAGAUGGAAUACACAAUGGAUGUCUUCUUUCGACAGACAUGGACUGAUGAGAGGUUGAAGUUUAGUGGGCCAACGGAAAUUUUGAAAUUGAACAAUUUAAUGGUCAGUAAAAUUUGGACACCAGACACUUUUUUUAGAAAUGGAAAAAAAUCAAUUGCUCAUAAUAUGACAACUCCUAACAAACUUUUCAGAAUUAUGCAGAAUGGAACUAUUCUGUACACAAUGAGACUAACCAUUAAUGCCGAUUGUCCUAUGCGGUUGGUGAACUUCCCUAUGGAUGGACAUGCUUGUCCAUUGAAGUUUGGAAGCUAUGCUUAUCCAAAAAGUGAAAUCAUUUAUACAUGGAAGAAAGGACCCUUGCAUUCAGUAGAAGUACCACAGGAGUCUUCCAGUCUCCUCCAGUACGACCUCAUAGGACAAACUGUAUCUAGUGAAACAAUUAAAUCUAGCACAGGUGAAUAUGUAAUCAUGACAGUGUACUUCCACUUGCAAAGGAAGAUGGGCUACUUCAUGAUACAGAUAUAUACUCCUUGCAUUAUGACAGUCAUUCUUUCUCAGGUGUCUUUCUGGAUUAACAAGGAGUCUGUUCCAGCCAGAACAGUUUUUGGCGAAUAUUCACUUCAGCUGCUCUAUUUCCAUCUUCAAAGGAAAAUAGGCUACUAUCUCAUUCAGACAUACAUUCCAUGCAUCAUGACUGUAGUCCUGUCUCAAGUUGUGUUUUGGAUCAACAAAGAAUCUGUUCCAGCAAGAACCGUGGCUGGAAUCACUACAGUUCUAACAAUGACCACUUUAAGCAUCAGCGCACGCCAUUCUUUGCCCAAGGUGUCCUAUGCUACCGCCAUGGAUUGGUUCAUAGCUGUGUGCUUUGCCUUUGUCUUCUCUGCACUUAUUGAGUUUGCAGCUGUCAACUACUUCACCAAUCUUCAGACUCAGAGAGCAAUGAGGAAGGCAGCCAGGGCAGCAGCACUGGCAGCAGCACUAUCAGCAGCAACUGUACCGGCAGAGGACGAGAUUGUCUCGCAUUCUGACUCCAACUGUAACCUGAAGAAGCGAGUAAAUUCGUUAGCAUCUCAGGCGGAUCAGUCUCCUGAACCCAGUAUAAUAUCAAAUACUGCAUCCCAGUGUCAUCCGGUAUCUGUGCCUCCACCAGGCCCACCACCAGCACCACCACCUAUUGGAGGCACAAGUAAAAUAGACCAGUAUUCUAGGAUUCUCUUUCCAGUGGCAUUUGCAGGAUUCAACCUGGUGUACUGGGUUGUUUAUCUUUCAAAAGACACUAUGGAAUUUUUUGAACCUACUGCAAUGCAUCUUCGCAAUGACCAUCAGUCCAACUGA